AUGGCCGACAGUCGCGAACCUCAAUAUGACCCUUACAUCCCCAGCGGCGGGCAACCUGCCGCCGGAGGAGCCACAGCUGCAUCAUCACAGCCAGGCACCCAACGAACCGCAGCUUUACAAGCACAAAUCGAUGAUACUGUUGGUGUGAUGCGCGAAAACAUCAACAAGGUCUCCCAGCGUGGUGAACGUCUCGAUUCCCUACAAGACAAGACCGACAACCUAGCUGUAUCUGCUCAAGGCUUCCGCCGCGGUGCCAAUCGGGUACGAAAACAAAUGUGGUGGAAAGAUAUAAAGAUGAGAAUGUGUCUUAUUGCUGGUAUAAUCAUUUUGCUUAUUGUCAUCAUUGUCCCAGCUGUUGUCGCAACCAAGCAUUAA